AUGGAAGGUGGUGACGGCGGCGUCGCUGUGGCUGGCCAAGGGGUUCUGAGCUCUGGGGCGGCGGCAGCGACAGUCCGGGAGCUUUUGCAGGACGAGUGUUACAGUGAUUUUUUAAAUGAAGACUUUGAUGUGAAGACUUAUACUUCCCAGUCUAUUCAUCAAGCUGUAAUUGCUGAACAACUAGCAAAACUUGCCCAAGGAAUUAGUCAGUUGGAUAAAGAACUACACUUACAGGUUGUUGCAAGACAUGAAGAUUUAUUAGCACAAGCAACUGGGAUUGAGUCUUUGGAAGGCGUUCUUCAGAUGAUGCAGACAAGAAUUGGUGCUUUACAGGGAGCUGUUGAUAGGAUGAAAGCAAAAAUUGUGGAGCCGUACAAUAAAAUAGUAGCCCGCACUGCACAACUUGCAAGACUUCAGGUUGCCUGUGAUUUGCUUCGGAGAAUAGUUCGCAUCCUGUAUCUCACUAAGAGACUCCAAGGACAACUGCAAGGGGGAAGCAGAGAGAUAACAAAAGCUGCUCAGAGUCUUAAUGAACUUGAUUACCUUUCUCAAGGAAUCGAUCUUUCUGGAAUAGAAGUAAUAGAAAAUGAUCUACUUUUUAUUGCAAGAGCUCGACUUGAAGUGGAAAAUCAAGCUAAGCGCCUACUGGAACAGGGUGUGGAGACCCAGAAUCCAACUCAAGUUGGAACAGCUCUUCAGGUUUUCCAUAAUCUUGGAACUUUGAAGGAAACUAUUACCAGCGUUGUGGAUGGAUAUUGUGCUGCUUUAGAAGAACAUAUCAACAGUGCAUUAGACAUCAAAGUUCUGACUCAGCCUUCACAGUCAGCUGUGAGAGGGGGACCGGGACGCUCAACUAUGCCAACCCCAGGAAACACUGCAGCUUUUCGUGCUUCUCUCUGGACUAAUAUGGAGAAACUUGUGGAUCAUAUUUGUACGGUUUGUGGACAGGUACAACAUCUACAAAAAAUAUUAGCCAAGAAGAGAGAUCCUGUUUCUCAUAUUUGGUUCAUUGAAGAAGUAGUUAAGGAUGGACAAUCUGAAAUUUUGUACACUUUUUGGAAUUCAGUUACUCAAGCACUUUCUUCUCAGUUUCGUGUGGCAACAGAUUCGUCUAUGUUUUUGAAACAGGCAUUUGAAGGAGAAUACCCUAAAUUGUUACGUCUUUAUAAUGACUUAUGGAAGCGUCUCCAACAAUACAGCCAAAAUAUUCAAGGAAAGUUUAAUGCAGGUGGAACUGCAGACGUCUGCGUUGACCUACAACACAUUGGAGAUGAUGCACAAGACAUAUUCAUAGCAAAGAAGCCAAAUUAUGACCCCGAAAAGGCUUUGAAAGACUCACUGCAACCCUAUGAAGCUGCUUAUUUAUCAAAAUCUUUAUCUCGACUCUUUGAUCCUAUCAACUUGGUUUUUCCCCCUGGUGGUCGCAAUCCUCCUUCUGCAGAUGAACUUGAAGGUAUAAUUAAAACUAUAGCAAGUGAACUAAAUGUAGCUGCUGUAGACGCAGACCUCACAAUAGCUGUGUCUAAAAACGUGGCAAAGACCAUCCAGUUAUACGGUGUAAAAUCGGAGCAGCUUCUGUCCACACAAGGAGAUGCAAGUCAGGUGAUUGGGCCUCUUACAGAAGGGCAGAGAAGAAAUGUGGCAGUAGUGAAUUCACUGUAUAAGUUACACCAAUCAGUAACAAAGGUGGUUUCCAGUCAGAGCUCAUUCCCACCAGCAGCCGAACAAACUAUAAUCUCAGCCCUAAAGACGAUCCAUGUUCUUAUGGGAAGUGCUGUGCACCCCUUACUGACUUCCGUGGGAGAUGCUAUAGAGGCCAUAAUCAUCACCAUGCAUCAGGAAGAUUUUUCUGGGUCAUUAUCCAGCUCAGGAAAGCCUGAUGUUCCUUGUUCUCUGUACAUGAAGGAGCUUCAAGGUUUCAUUGCUAGAGUUAUGAGUGACUACUUUAACCACUUUGAAUGCUUGGAUUUUGUCUUUGACAACACGGAAGCUAUUGCCCAAAGAGCAAUUGAACUUUUUAUUCGCAAUGCCAGUCUCAUAAGACUUCUUGGCGAAGGUGGGAAGGUACGACUUGCGGCUGAUUUUGCUCAGAUGGAGUUGGCUGUGAGUCCAUUCUGCAGAAGAGUAUCUGAUUUAGGAAAGUCCUAUCGGAUGCUGAGGUCAUUCAGACCGCUGAUCUUCCAGAAGAAUGAACAUGUGGCCACUAGCCCUGCAUUGGGGGAUGUUAUUCCAUUCAGCAUCAUUAUUCAGUUUUUGUUCACCAGAGCACCCCCUGAGCUGAAAUCCCCUUUUCAGAGGGCAGAAUGGUCCCAUGCGCGCUUCUCCCAGUGGCUGGAUGACCAUCCAUCUGAAAAGGACAGGCUCCUCCUUAUCAGAAUUGACUUCUGUCCGCUCUUCAAAUGGCAUCAUCUCCCCCAACUUGUGCCUGGCUCUUUUUCUUUCACAUUCCGUGAGUGCUUUGGUCCCCAGGUGAGCUCACCUAGACCCCGAGUCUAGUGAUCUCCUCUGUCCUCAUGGCUCCCAGGCCUGUGACUCACCUUGAUUGUCUGGGACCUCAGGCCAGCAGCCUGGCCAUCAUAUCACUCACAGUCCCACACAGUUCUCAAGCCCAAAGUGUUAAAAAUAAAUCCUCUUUCGUCUCAAAUCUGCUCAUUUCUCCCAGACUCUCCGUCUCGGUUGGGGUGUCACCAUUACCUUCUGGCCACUCUAGAAAACCUUUGCAACAUCAUUCAGCUCCUCUGUCACCCUCAUUCUCCAAAUCUCAGUCAGUCGUACUUUUUAAAUAGCUCUGGAAACAUUCUCCUCUCUCCUGGGGUGUCCUAACACUGUCAGUCUGGGGACCACCACACCGAGCAAGCUUGAGCCUCAGUGCAGAGUAAGGAGCCGGGUUCCCCAGAGCCAGAGUGGGGCUAAUGCGGUAAGGUGGUUCUCAACCACACUCGCGUGGCAGAUCCCUUUACAGAGCACUGGAAAAGCCUGGUGACCAGGCCACACCCUCAGCUACCUCCAAAUCUGCAGGGCUGGGACCUGGGAAAGGCAGUUCCACAGCACAGCUGACACUGGGACCCACCGUCCUGGUGAGAGACCCUGCCAGGCAGGCAGCUGUGGGGGGCCGAUGAGAAACAUGAGCCCCUUGGAUUCUGGGAGGGGCAUUUGGGGCUCAGAGCCAGGGGCGGGGAGCUCCUGGCCCUCCAGAGCCUAUGUGAAUAGGAAGCAGAUUAUCCUGGGCGCCCGCUCUUCUUCCUUGCUCGUCUGUGACUCUCCUCACCCGUGAGGAUGCCACAUGAGUCUCCCGUGGGUUCCUGUGGCCCGUCAGAGCUGCCCUCAGUCGGGACUCUAGAGUGGAAGAGACUUGGCCUGGGCCUAACUCAGAUUUGCUGCAUCUUUGUGGAUUUUAACCCCCGAGUCUCAAAGACUCGCUCAGCCGUGGCACACAGGGUAACAGAGGAUCCAGGAUUCAGUUAAUUGAACAGGGCCCAUUUUUGUCUUCUUAGCAAGUUGGAAUGAGUUCAUCCAUGACAGUUGUCCUGCUGUGGGUACAUCACAAAUCUGUUUUGUUUUGCUUCUCUUUAAAAUGUCUCCUGAGUGAUUUCAUCGGUAGUGCUGUUGCUAAGCCUAUAUUUAGCAACUGAAAAUCAUGCUCAGAAAUACUGUCAUGCUUUUUAAAUAAGGCCCAUCCAUCACUCUGCACAUGUCUGAUAUCAGAACCUUCAAGCCCCAGGCAGAAAACUGAGCCCUCCUUGGGGGAUUCCAAAACACCAUGCUCCUGCUACUGUCCAGGCUGCUGGCAAGGAGGGAAGCUUUGUCCUAGAGAAUGUUCUUUCUUAUCUGUUACUGCAAAACUAAUUUAGUGCCUGCAUACUGAAGCACCACUGGGUGAACUCCUUUCCCCUUUGGAUAAACCCAGGGUGACUAUUGCUCUUUAAGUGUCAGUAGAUUCGUUCUGACUUUUGGGGCAGACCUUGCCGCGUGCCCCUGCACUCCCCCUGGCACACUGUGUUAAGUUGUCAUAAAUAGGCCAAGUCGAGGAGAGUUACUGCUGCUCAGUAAGUGGCAAAUAAUGAACUCUCUUCCGCCUUCCUUUCUGCUUCCUUUUGACACCAGAGCUUUCUCUAGAGCAUGAGUGGAUAUUGGUCACAUUCAUUUUAAAAUCAGACUAAUCACUGACUCCUGGGGCCAAGCGGUGUAAGCGGGAGAAAACUGUUCGUCCUCUGCCCCCACCAAGCAGGUGCUGCGGACAUGUGCACCCCCAGGGACAUAGGUGACAGCUGCAGGGGAGCGCCUGUGGCUCUAUGGGUGUUGAGUGAGGACUGGCUCCUCAGUGCUGCAGAACUCUGGAUUCCUGCAGCCCAGCAGCACCUCUUCCGCUCGUAGCCCUGCCCUCCUCUGCUCUUCCUCUGUCUGCGUUGAACACCUGUUUUACAGUGUCGGAAACAUUUACGAGCCCUAUUUGCCUAUCGGACCUUUUAUCUGUGCAUUUAUGACACAGUUGUCGGUGCCAGAUGCGUCCCGAACCCUUUGCCCUCCUGCCUGUCAGGGCCUGCAGGCUGAGAACUGUUCUGACUCCUGUGCGCUUCUGCAGAACGGCGGGGUCCCUGUUGAUGAGAGUUACGUUCGGUCUCUUCUCCCGGUAUCCCUGCGGCUCUAGGCACCUUCAGUUCUGGGGACUGGGUGCCCGAGACGGGACCAACAGGGAGGAUGGAGCCCAGGGGAGGCAGGGACUUCCCUGCCUGGGAAGGCACAUAGUAGAUCUGGGAGCCAUGUAUGUAUUUCAGUAUGAAGUACACUGAUAAUUCAUGCCUGACAGAGACGAAUUUUGUGUUCCAUAAAGACCUCUACUUGAGCAGUGUUGCCGUGUUACCACAAACCAUUCCUCUACUAAUUGUGCAAUUCCUGAACGACUUUUUUCUUUCAAUAAGGGUAACUUUAACCAUCUGCUUAUUUUGAUUACAAACGCGAGUUGAGACUAACUCUUACAUAAUGCCUGGCCUGACUUCCAAGAAAGCUGAGGUUGUGCUCAAGCGAAUGAAGUUAUUUAAUAAUUGCUUGAAAAUCUUGUGCUGAUUUUACGUGGGAGGGUAGCUUGAAUCUGUUUUUCUCCCCGUAGUUCUGAUGGUGUUUUUCAUGAAUACCAAAAAACCAAACUCAUUUCUGAACUUUCUCCUACAUAUUGUGUAGUUUACAUAAUGUCUUAUCCUUUUGAUGCAAAUGGGACUGCUAAGUGGAUUUUUGGUUCAUUUAUUAGAUAAAAUGGAUCUAAUUCAUUCACUACAGACUGAUUGCAGUCUCUGCACAUUUCAGUGCAUUAAUUUGUUAGACUGAUAUUUAUACACCAUUGUCUCAAAGACAGUUGGAGCCCUUGGGGGAUUUCUCUUCUAUGUAUGAAUCUGCAGGGGCUACGUUUUGGGAGUGGGGUGAUUGCCCAGGAUGCCAUAGCAACUUGAAAAGUAUUACUAAAAGCAGUAAGUUUUUUCAUAAGGAAAUAGUUUCAUUAAGGUUCAGCUCUGACAUGAACUAAGGCAUCUCACAAAACAUUAUUUUCUAAGAGCAUUAAAUUCCAUUUUUCAUGUCUGUGCUGCUUUUGAGGAUCUUACAAUCACGUUUCUCCUUUAUUCACUUUCUUCUGCACACUUGUCAUUACUUUUCAUUACGGAUUAUCUUCCUGUAUUUCUAAUUCAUUUUUUUAAAAUUCAUUGAUCAUGCAUUUGUCAAGCACUAGGUCCUGGGGCUGCACAAAGAAACAAAACAGCCCCAACCCUCCAAACUAAGUUACGUUCUUUAGAGGGAAACUCACCAUGGAACAGAUACUUGCAGCAUAAUAGAUACUCAAGUACAAAGUGAUGACGCCCUGACGGAAGUGUGAACCUGCUGGGUUACGUGGAGACCCUCAGGCUGUCUGGAAGCCUGGCGGGGAGAACAGUGAGCACUGUUAGAAAGGUUCCUCCGUGUUCCUGGAAGAGCGCCAGGUGCUUCCCAGCACUGUCUUCCCAUUCCCAUAGCUGCAUGGUGUAGGUGUCCUUCCCAGUUGGCAGACGAGCAGACAGGCUUGAAAGGUGGCCCGGAUCACAUGGUGAGGCAGUGGGGCCGAGCCUGAUAAACCAGCUGUGCUUCCUAAGGAAGGGCCUGCCGCUCCCUCCGCAUAGCUGAUCUACGGUGGCCACACCCCGAACAGAGCCUGCGAUUCAGGCUCCCACGAAGCCACAACCGUUGAUGCAGAAGUCCUGGACCUUUCCACAAAUUCUCGUGACUCCCAAGUGGUUUCUUCUGUGCUGCCAGGAGUUAGGCUGUAUCAAAAAGAAGGCCUGAGUACUGGCCCCUAGGAAAGGGCUCUGCAGGGACAGCACAGAAGGACAUUCCAAGCAUUCAGAAGAUGAUGGAGAAAGGUGUCUCAGGAAGGAGAGAGUCAGCGUGGUCGGAGAGAAACCAGCCCUUUUGCAGCCUUGCCUUGUUAGGCAGAGACCGCUUUUUUCAGUGAUACUCGCACAGACGUCCCGGCUCUCUCCGGGUCGACAUCACGGUUGGGGUGAGAGUCAUGAAUGGGGUGAAACUGCUCUGUACAUGUGUAGGUAACACAAACAAUGGAAACUGAUUAUUUGAAGGUCUUUUUAGGCCACAGCAAACUAUCUAGAACCCAGUAGUAGCACAGGCAGGGUCGGGGGAGGUGGAUGAUGAAGCUGGUGCUCGGUGGGUUGUGAAUUCAUCGAGUGACAGGCACCGUGCAUCAGAGCCACCAGCAGGGGCUGAGACCCCGCCUCUGAGGCGACAGCAGUAAUUGGUGCCCACCUGGCAGGAUUCAAAACAGAAGCAAAGGGGAGAGGAGGGACUUGGGUGUGGAAAUCUGUAAGGUGGAUUAAAGGAGGACUUUAGAUAGAGACCUUUGGAGAUGAUGGGGCCCUUUGUUGAAAUAGGGGAAGGUGAGCAGAACACUACCCUAAGGGAGUUUUAUCACCCAAGUCUCUUUUCUUUUUUGGUAGACUUCGUUUUUGAUAGCAGGUUUAGGCUCCCAGCAAUAGUAGAGGGGGUUCAGAGAGUUCCCAUCCACCCUCAGCCUCCCCCGUUAACAUCGUCCCCCAUGGGUGGUCCGUUGUUCUAGUCGAUGAACCCACCUUAACACAUCAUCGUCACCCAGAGCCCCUAGUUUUCAUUAGGGUUCUCUCUCGGCGUUGUACAUUCUGGGGGACUGCCUGUGUGAUAGGCAAGUUUGAAGGGUACCUGAAAGAAAGCAGAUCAUGCUGCCCAAAACACAGAUGGAAACAAGUCAGGAGGGAGAUCACGGUGGAAAUAAGAGACUGGGCACUCAGUUAUGCAUUGCAUCGAGGGCUGUGACGUGGCUGGCAGGGUGGAGGGCGCUAUAGAACCAGCGCUAAUCAACACAUCUGAGCAAGAGGCAGUCUGCUCAGUGUUUGGGAGCAAAAAAACCAGUUAAGAAUCACAGAGUAGGUGGGACUUGAGACUGAGUAUGUGGGCUGAGUAAUGCUAUUAUUAACUUAUAUCUUCAUAGAAACACUCUAAUCUCCAUGUGAAACUUCAAGAAAACAGUACGAUUAUGACAAAAUUAUUAUACUUGUAAAUAGACUAAUAAAAAAUUUUAAACCAUUUUCUUUAGCUCCAAUUAAACAUCUAACACUUAAACCAUCUGGCUCAGAGAUUGGAAAACUUUCUCCAUAAAGGUCCAGAGAGUAGAUAUUUUAGGCUUUGCAGGCCAUAUGGCCUCUGCCUUGACAAGUCCUGUCAGCCAUUGUGGUGUGAAAGCCACCAGAGAGUAGAUGAGCAAGCAGAGCACUGCACUUGGCCUCUGGACUCCCAGAUCGAAUUCAGGAGAACAUCAUAAAUUUUAACUGGCCGGGACCACAUACUCCUCAUCACCCAAUUUGCCAAAAAAUCCGAGCCCAAGAGCUAUACAACCCGUGGGUUCAUACUCUCCUCAAAUACAGGAAUAUAACAUGCCUUCCAGGGUUCCCUGUGUGGGGAAGAGCCCCGGACCCCAGCGCUCCCCAGUGGGCCUUUCCACGGUGUGGGGCUCCCCCUUGUGAGCUCUGUGAACAAGCGCAAGCUGCAGGAGGCUCUUCUCAAGUCUAACAGAGAAGGGAAACUGAGAACAUCGGCGACCAGAGAGCCCGUGACCACUGAGCACAAUGCGGACCCAGAAAUGUUCCUAUUUCCACAUUCGCCAUAGUAAGAGUAAAUUUUUGAAGGCUGUUGGCCACCUAGCCUGUGGAGCUGGGCAUAGCAAUUCCAGAAAAGGGCUUGUUUUAAAUAUCAGUACCCUCUAAGUGGUUUUAUCUUUUAUGUCAUUUUUUGACAUUGUUUUCAUUUUUGU